AUGCGCCCUUUCCAGCCCUCAGCUCGCAUUCCAUCACUAUUCCGCUUUGCAUCGACUAUGGCCCAACCACGAUUCUCUGCUGGUACCGACGCCGUGAGUGUGACGCCGGCGCUGAAUGCUCUGCUCACUUCCGAGGGUGGACGUUGGACACUGGCAAAGGAUGGCACAGCUCUAGAAAGGCAAUUCAAGUUUAAGACUUUUAGCAAGACAUGGGAUUUCAUGACAGGAGUUUCGCUUCAAUGCAAGAUCAAAAACCACCACCCAGAAUGGUCCAACGUCUAUAACACCACCUUCAUUCGCUGGACAACGCACAACCCGGCUGGUCUCUCAGAUAAGGACAUCGCCAUGGCUGCGCAAUGCGACGCUCUCGCAGCACAACUAGGCGAGCUGGCCCCGGAGCCGGAGACCCCAUCUACGGCCGAGAAGGGAGAUCAAAGCUGUGCGAUUCGUGGCUUGGCGGACCAGGCAGCUGGAGCAGCGGGAGACUGCUGCACUCCCAAGAGUAAAUAG